UCAUCUAAUUUUUACAAGCACCUCCAUGACUAUUAGAUUAAUGUCUAAUUAACACUUUUUUUUGUUUAUUGUAGGUUUAUCAAGAUGGAUUUGUAUGCAUUUAUGGAGGAAAGAGGCAUGGACAGAAGUGUUAUAGAACAGAUGAGAAAAGAAAAGAUUGUUGCUUCCAUUCUGCUAUUGAUGGAUGAGGAUGAGCUCAAGAAGUUUGUGCCACUAUUGGGGGAUAGACUAGCACUGCGCAAAUUUUCAGAAGAAAGCACUCAGAAAGUGUCUACCAGCUCAUCAAAGUCUUCCAAAAAAGACUCGCUUCUCUGUAAACUUAGACAGAAAUUGGGGAUGAAAAGAGAUAGGGAGGAUGGUGAAAAUAGUAUUGGGUAUGAAGAUUCUGCAAGUUGUUCCUAUGGGAGAACUCAUAAAAUGCUAGGGAACAAAAAUGCUGAAAGAUUGGACAGAAGAAUAGAUGUCGGAUGGAUGGACUUUGAUCAUAUGUUAGGCAGAUACAAGCAGGUACGUAAGACGAACGGAGGAGGCAUCAGAUCUCUGUCUGUGUCUAAGCUAUGCAAGCCUGCUGAACUGCUACAAAUUGUAGAAGAGCUCUUCUUCCCGGAUGGCAUUUCAGCUAAAGGGGAAAAAGAAAACUUUGAAUGCUCCUUAGUGGACUUUCGACAGCAGCCUCUUGAAGGAGAUGUUGGACAACUCUACAGCAGAUCAAAAAUGCCAACCCUUAGGUUUUACCUGCGCACAGUGUCCAAAGUACAGGAGCAUGACAAAUCUAAGGGCAAGUCAAAGGGCAAGUCAAAGGUCAAGAAGAGGAGGACGGUUCAUGUGAGGGAUCAUGAAUAUGAUACAAGUAGUAGUGAAGCUGAUUUGCCUGAAAUUUUGCUAAAUUCUGGUGAACAUUCUACAAGCACCCACUCUUCAUCUUCAUCUGUAUGUUGUCUGGAAGAUGACAGUACCAAGUCCAGCAACUUAUUUUCGGGAGUGAAGGAACUUGCAGACUCACCAACUAUUUCAUUUGGGCCAUCGCACUCUACUCCAACGCAGGAACAGCUCGAUGUCACGAUUAGGGACCCAGUUAACUCAUUGCCAGCUGAACAGAUAUUGGCUGAAGUCAUUACUGAUGAGCCAUCAACCUUUGUGCAUGAAGAACAUCAGCAUGAACAACAAGCAGACCAGCAGAUUCCUAUGGCUGAAGAUCAGAUGAAUGACUUUCCAACUGUAUAUGUAGAGCUGGUUGAAGGACAGACAAAUGACUUUCCAACUAACCAAACACAAUUUGAAGUUCUCCUCAUUCGAAGAAGUUAUUUAAUAACAGAUAUGAUGAAUGCUUUUUCGGACGAAAGCAUACUGAAGGCUAAUAUUGCUGUCCAUAUGAUUCUCCAUGAUGGGAAUCUAGAGAAGGGCCAGGGUAACGGAGUAUAUAAGGAUGCCAUAACCCAAUUUUGGGAUGAGGUGUAUGAACAGAUGACAAGUGGAGACUCUUCAAGGAUACCUGUCUUGAGACAUGAUUAUGGGGAGAAAGAAUGGCAGACACUAGGAGGCUGCUGGUGGGACCACAAGUACUUUCCCAUCAGGUUGACACAAGACUUUAUGGUUAAUGCAAUCUGGGGAUCCACGUUCUGUAAUGGUGACAUGGUGGAGGCCUUCCUAAGUUUGCUCCCAGAAUCAGAAAAGGAAGUCGUGAAAUCAGCACUUAGUAAUUUCCCCGAAGACAUUGAAGAGCUCAUUGAUAUCCUGAGUGGCUAUGAUUGUCGAAAGGUACCAACAAACGAAAACUUCAGCUGUCUCCUUUCAGAGUUGGGCCAUAAGGAAAUCAUCCAAAAGCCAAUGUACAUUGCUGACUGCAUGAGACCAGUCCUUCAAAACCUUCAGAAUGAGCUGACCCAGGAAAGCUUAAGUGAAAUAUAUGCUUCACUGCAUCCGACAUCGAAAAAAGUGAUUGACAAGUUGGAGUUCUCAAGGGAUCUCUCACCCAAUGAGCGGGCGGUAUCAACGUACCUGAAGAAGUACUUGCGGUCAUUAAACCAAGGCAUGCUGAGAAGAUUCCUUAGGUACUGUACAGGAUUAGAUAUUCUCUGUAACUCAGAUAUCAGGGUUACAUUCUGUUCCUUGGAUGGUCUCCAGAGGAGGCCCAUUGGCCACACUUGUGGUAACGUGAUAGAAUUGUCAUCCACCUAUGAUGACUAUAUAGAGUUUAGACAAGAGUUUAAUCACAUUCUAGAAAGUGGUCUAUGGGUUAUGGAUGCUCUUUAA